UAUUGUUGCUGUUAAAUAAUUAAUAAUAUAAACAUUAUUAGAUCGAAUUUACUAUUUUUGUUAUUAUUGAAAUUGUUGUGUACGCUUGCACUUGUUGAAAAUGGACAAUCCCAGCUCGCCGCCGCCAAACACGCCCAGCGAUCUGGCUGAUCGUCGGGUUACAAUGACAUCGCCUGCUGUCGACUUUGAGCCUUUUGAAAACGAGGAUGAGAUUCUCGGAGAUCAGACAGUGCGCCAUGAAAAUGAGGAGGAUGGCGAGGAACUGUUUGGCGACAACAUGGAGAAUGAUUAUCGUCCUAUGCCUGAGCUGGACCACUAUGAUCCAGCCAUGCUGGACGAUGAGGAAGACUUCUCAGAGUUGUCGCAGGGCGAGCGCUUUGCGGCCGAGUCGGAAAUGCGUAGACGUGAUCGUGCUGCUGGCAUUCAUCGAGACGAUCGUGAUCUGGGCUUUGGUCAAUCCGAUGAUGAGGAUGAUGAUGUGGGACCACGCGCCAAGCGACGCGCUGGUGAAAAAGCAGCUGUUGGUGAGGUGGAGGACACUGAGAUGAUUGAGUCCAUUGAGAACUUGGAAGACACCAAAGGUCACUCAACAAAGGAAUGGGUUAGCAUGCUCGGGCCACGCACUGAAAUUGCCAAUCGCUUUCAAUCCUUCCUGCGCACGUUUGUGGAUGAUCGUGGAGCGUAUACUUAUCGUGAUCGCAUACGGCGCAUGUGCGAGCAGAACAAGUCAUCAUUUGUAGUGUCCUACACAGACUUGGCCAACAAGGAACAUGUGCUGGCAUACUUCUUGCCCGAGGCGCCGUUUCAAAUGCUAGAGAUCUUUGACAAGGUGGCCAAGGAUAUGGUAUUGUCCAUCUUUCCCACCUACGAGCGUGUGACUACUGAGAUACACGUGCGCAUUUCGGAACUGCCACUGAUCGAAGAAUUGCGCACCUUCCGCAAAUUGCAUCUUAAUCAGCUGGUGCGUACCUUGGGCGUCGUCACUGCCACCACGGGCGUGCUGCCGCAGCUGUCUGUCAUCAAAUACGAUUGCGUCAAGUGCGGCUAUGUGUUGGGCCCCUUUGUGCAGUCACAGAACACGGAAGUCAAGCCCGGCUCUUGUCCUGAGUGUCAGAGCACAGGUCCGUUUUCUAUUAAUAUGGAACAAACACUGUAUCGCAAUUACCAGAAGAUAACGCUGCAGGAAUCACCUGGUCGCAUACCAGCUGGUCGUAUACCGCGCAGUAAGGAUGUCAUCUUGCUGGCAGAUCUCUGCGAUCAAUCCAAGCCUGGUGAUGAGCUCGAAGUCACUGGCAUUUAUACCAACAACUAUGAUGGUUCGCUUAAUACAGAUCAAGGCUUCCCUGUCUUUGCUACGGUUAUUAUAGCCAACCAUGUUGUGGUCAAGGAUUCGAAGCAAGUGGUGCAGUCACUUACCGAUGAAGACAUUGCCACUAUACAAAAGCUGAGCAAAGAUCCUCGUAUUGCCGAACGUAUUGUGGCAUCUAUGGCGCCUUCCAUUUAUGGUCAUGACUACAUCAAGCGCGCCCUGGCUUUGGCGCUAUUCGGUGGCGAGUCUAAGAAUCCAGGCGAGAAGCACAAAGUACGUGGCGACAUCAAUAUGCUGAUCUGCGGUGAUCCUGGUACGGCGAAGUCGCAGUUCCUUAAGUAUACUGAGAAAAUAGCACCGCGUGCCGUUUUUACUACCGGCCAAGGCGCCAGCGCUGUGGGUUUAACUGCCUACGUUCGGCGUAAUCCUGUCUCCCAUGAAUGGACACUGGAAGCUGGGGCCUUGGUGCUGGCCGAUCAGGGCGUCUGUCUGAUUGAUGAGUUCGACAAAAUGAACGAUCAGGAUCGAACGUCUAUACACGAGGCCAUGGAACAGCAGUCCAUAUCUAUAUCAAAGGCAGGUAUUGUUACCUCGCUGCAAGCCCGUUGCACAGUUAUUGCUGCUUCCAAUCCCAUUGGCGGUCGCUAUGAUCCAUCCAUGACCUUCUCAGAGAAUGUAAAUUUAUCGGAGCCUAUAUUGUCGCGUUUCGAUAUACUAUGCGUGGUCAAGGAUGAGUUUGAUCCCAUGCAGGAUCAACAGCUCGCCAAGUUUGUGGUGCAUUCGCACAUAAAGCAUCAUCCCAGCGAGGAGGAGCAACCCGAGCUGGAGGAGCCGCAGAUCAAGACUGUGGAGGAGAUACCACAGGAUCUGCUGCGCCAGUACAUUGUCUAUGCAAAAGAAAAUAUAAGGCCCAAACUAACGAACAUUGAUGAAGACAAGAUUGCCAAGAUGUACUCACAGCUGCGUCAAGAGUCGUUUGCCACUGGCUCACUGCCCAUCACAGUGCGUCACAUUGAGAGCGUCAUACGCAUGUCCGAGGCCCAUGCACGACUGCAUCUGCGUGAGAGUGUAGUGGAGGCGGACGUCAGCAUGGCUAUACGUAUGAUGCUGGAGAGCUUCAUUGAGGCGCAAAAGUUCAGCGUAAUGAAGAAGAUGCGCAACACAUUCCAAAAGUAUUUGGCCUUCCAGAAGGAUCACUCCGAAUUGCUAUUUUUCAUUCUGCGCCAGCUCACGCUCGAUCAGCUGGCUUACAUUCGCUGCAAGGAUGGACCGAGUGCCACGCAUGUGGAGAUUAUGGAACGCGACUUAAUCGAGCGCGCCAAGCAGCUGGACAUUACCAAUCUGAAAACAUUCUACGACUCGGAGUUGUUCCGCAACAAUGGUUUCUCAUACGAUCCCAAGCGGCGUACGAUUUUGCAGAUUGUAGUCGAUGGAGCUGCUUAAAGAUUUUAAUUUCUGCUUAUUUAUCUCAUUUAACAUAUCUCAUCAUACAUGUGUUUUAUUUUCCCUCAUUACAUUUAUGUCAAAUAAAGAUACACAUUUUUUAUUUUUACUUACUGAC